UCUCCACCCACAGGAAUGGAACGUGUUCCCAUUGGCUGGAUCCUGCAGGAGCUCGCAAGCUGAUCACGAAUGCCAUCAUCCAUUUCUCGAUGCUGCCACAUCAUCAAAUCGAGAGCAUGGUGCUUCUCACAAUGACCGCUUCCAUCGUGGAGGCGCUGGAGAGGCUCCCAAAUCCUGAAGCUGCCCCAGCGCCUCAAAAGGACACUGCAACUGGGCCUGAUCCAGAGACUGCCACUGCGACGUCGCAUCCCACUGCGCCCUCGCUCGAGAAGCCAGCAGUCGGCAGCCCGAUAUCCCACAGCCAGAUUCUCGACAUCUACAACGCUCUCAAGAAGAACAGCAAUGGCCCGUCGCUGGAGAGCUUGCUGGUUGGCGCCAAGGUCUACGUGCCGCCGCCACCGCCCAAACCCGAGCCAACACCAGAAUACAAGGCAUUGAUGGCCAGACUACGACGAGAAGCCGAAUCACAACAGUACAAGAACAUGACCGCCCCCAAACCCGAGUCCUUUAGCGACCGCUUCCCCCACGCGUACGCUUCGGUCAACGCGGCACUCCCGAAAGAUACGGGCGACGACGACGAGAUCACCUACUCGGACGUACAUAGGCAGAUGCUACUAUUGCUGAACUUCCUCGUCUCCAUCAUGGGCGUGGCAGGCACACUGUGGGUUGCGGCGCGAUGGUGGAGUCUGCCGGCGCGGCUGUUCCUGACACUGGGCGGCGCCAUUGUCGUUGCGAUUGCCGAAGUCGCCGUGUAUCAGAUCUACGUGUGGAAGAUGGGCGACGCCAAGGGACGACAGGAUGGCGCCAAGGAGGCGCGGGAGGUCAUUGGCACAUGGACGUCUGGAGAUGACGUGAAGAAUGCUGGCGAUGGGGGGGAUGUUAGCAGAGAAGAGGCAGUGGCAGAGGGUGAUGCGUCGUCGCCAAGCAGACAAGGUGGUGCCAAGUUGGCGUCGGGGAUACAGGGUGAGGACAGCGAUGGCGUGAGGAGGCGGCAAGCCCCCAAAAUGGGAGGUCAACCAUGAAUGAUUACAAUAUUCCUGGCGGCUGGCAUCUGGCCGUGGCAGCAGCUCAACAAUGGUGCCUCACACAUCGGGAUACCUUGUGUGAACGUGCUAAUUGAAUUGAUGGGAUAGUUGCGCUGACACGUGAUUGCGCGCUGCAUCACGAAAAGUCGCGUUCGACGCGUCGACAUGGUGGGGCAGCACCACGUAUCUCAACGCUUGAGGCCCUGACUGUGCACAUU